AUGGAUGAACAGACAAAAGCCGAAUACGAAGCUCAAUCGCAGCAGCUGCGUGUCGACCUCAAGACGUGGGAGACUAGCUGGGCAAAGGCGCACAAGGGCAAGAAGCCAGGAAGGGGCGACAUCAAAGCGAACCAGGAAAUCGCUUUGAAAUACAAGCAAUACAACAAGCUCCGCGACAUCCUCUCAGGCAAGUUGCCGCCAUCCGCCAAGGACGCCUCGCAGCCAAGGAAGCGCAAGCCAGAUACCCUUCCCGCAGAGACACCUACCAAGCGCACCAAGAACAUCGAGACUCCGGCGAAGAACAGGAUCCAGGACCACGAUGAAGAUCUCAUGAACACACCUGCCAUUUCACGGAAACUGUUCAGUCCAGCGUCGGUUACCUCGGUAGGCCCAACACCUCAGCGAGAUGGGCGUGUCCUUGGACUAUUUGAUCUGCUGGUGGAGAAAGAGCUAGGAACACCAACAAAGUCAGGUUCUGCAACCAAGACAGGAACCGGAAACAGGGUCGAUGCGACCCCGACUAAGCGAUCAACCCCAAUGGACGAAGAGGCCAGCGACAAGCUUGGUCGGACACCUAUGUCGUCUAGCAAGCGACAAAGGUUGAACCACUUCAUGACGCCCCUGAAGAACCGUGAUGGAAACGUGGACGCUGUCACACCCUCAUCAGUCUCGAAGCUUCAGUUUGACACACCGGCUUUCCUGAAGCGCAAUUCCCUUCCGGUCCUCGACGAGAACGACGACUUUGAUGCCCCAGCGCCCCUGCGGUUGCCACGCAAGCCUUUCACAAGGGGGCUAAGCGAGAUUGUUGCCAGCCUUCGAAAGGUGGAGGAGGAGAACUUGGAUGACGAGUUGGACGCAUUGAGAGAGAUGGAAAAUGAAGAGUCGGGCGAACCGAAGCCGAAAACUCUGUUCCCGCCCAAGCCGAAGGACGAUGUGCUCGUUGCAGACACCCAAACACGCCAACUGCCUCUUGGCGGAUUCGAUGAUGAGGGCAUGUACGACAGCCCAACGGAGGAUCAAGUUGGUCGCGAUGGCCAACCCAUGCGAACAUACAAGAAGAAGGGCCAGAAGCGAACGACGAGACUGGUCAAGAUGCGCCCGAUCCGAACGCAGAGACCAGCCAACUUGGGCGAGGGUCCUGGAAGUGAUGUGGAGAACGAUGAUUUCGUUCCUGAGACGCAGGCCGCCGACGACGAUAGCGAAUUUGAUUUGGAGAAGCCCAAGAAGAAGCCUGCGGCUAAGAAGGAGGGCACGGUGAAGAAGGCUGCUCGAAAGGUCAAUGAGCUAGCUCAUGCAAACUUCCAGCGCCUGAAGCUAAAGAAUCACGGUGCCAAGGGCGGACCAGGAUACAACAGCAGAUUCCGACGACGUCGUUAA